AUGCAGUUCGGGGGCAUGGCCUCUCACUUCAUCGCUAUGAACCAAGCGCCGGUGCCUGGACCGUUGCCAGGGAUGCGGGCCACGGCGUUCAAGCCGCUGCUACCGGGCGCAGUCAUGCCCGCGCAACUUCCAGAUCGAGCCCCCGACUUUAGCCCUCUGGUGCCGGACGCGGCGGUGCCAGAUGCGGCGGGGCCCUCGCAGCUUCCACCAGGCCGCGUCCCGGUAUUUAACCCGCCUCUACCAGCCGUAAGACCCUACUUUCCUAUCGGACAGCCCGCAUUGCCCGCCGGUCCGGUAUUCCACCCGCCUCUGCUGGCCGCGGCACCCGCCUUCCCCAUCGCACAGCCUUCAAUGCCCAUCGGUCCGGCACAUGUCCUCGCAGUUAGAGCACCCGCGGGGCCGCUCCACCCGCUCCCGCUCCCCCCGGGGCUCAUACUAGAAAUGCAAAAGAAAUCGGACCGCUUCUUUGAGUACCGCAAGGGCAGAGGCCAGGGCUGGGAUGAGGAGUAUCGCAAGCCCAUAUGGCAAACGCUCAAGCUUCCCACAGGCUUCUACCGAGAGAGGAUCCGCGAACUGAACAGCGCCAACUCAAAAAUGGCCCAGGGCAUGGCGGACGCUGACCAGGUGUCGAGACACCACUUCCGCAACGUGGGCGAGAGGAGGCUGAAGGGGAAGAACAAGGCCGAGGUCGUCCAGUCCCUCCCUCGGAAGGCGAUCAACGAUUACAGCGGGGGCCUGCUCGCGGCCGGGGCUCGCUUUGUCCGCCUCUUGGGCGCCGGAGGCAACGGCGCCGCGUGUCUGUACGAGGUUGUCAACCAGAAGACGGGUGCCAAGAAGCGCAUUGUGGUCAAGAUGUCGCUGAGAGGCACCGAUAUGAGGAACGAGAAGAACGUCCUGACUUGGCUGAAGCGCUGCCGGCACAUCACGCAGCUGGCCACCAUCGCCGAGGUGCACGAGAUGCUCGGGAACGAGGAGCACGGCAACCCCGCGGUGCCGCUGCAGCUGCAUCACCUCAACCUUGAUGCAGAGACGGUCGACGCCAUCAAAAAGGUUGACGCUGAGAAGAGCCUGCUGAUCCAGAUCUUCUCCGACAAGGGCGCCCUAGACAAGAUGGUCGCUCUCCUGGCGCGCCUGCGGAUUCCCGUCAGGGACAAGUUCUGCUGGCGCCUGCUGGAGUGCCUCGUCCGCGGGUGCAUCGCCAUGUGGUCGCCCGUCAGGAAGCAGGCCGAGGCCAGCGGGCAGCCCGUGCCGGACUGGCCCCCGCUGAUCCAAGAGAAGCUGCCACCGAUGGAUGAACUCUACCUUAGUAACUUUGUCCACUUUGACCUUGACCCCUACAACAUCUUCCUGACCAGCGACGUCGACCAUCCAAUUAUGCCCAUGGCUCAGAUUGGCGACUUUGGAACCACCAAGCCCAUGCAUAGAGACGUUUUAAGAGAGAAUGACUUUAUGAUGUGGGUGCUGCGCCAUACGGGCAAGCAAGGGUACCUGGCGCCGGAGCAAUUUACCGAUCAGUGGGAUUAUUGCUACCUGAACCCCUGGAAACAACUAGGAAAGCCCAAGUAUAAAUUUAGGACGUCGUAUCAACAUGUCGCUGGCAACUACGGCUGGUGGACAAACGUAUGGGCCAUUGGAGUGAGAGCCCCGAUGAACCCCCCGGUGCCCAAGGAGAUCCCGAUCCUGCCCAACAUGGAAGCGGACCCGGGCGGGGACGGGCGCAGGACGUUUUGGAUGUACGCGCACCCGCUCAACGAGCCGGGCCACGCCCACAUCUCGGACACGCUGCGCCACCUGGUGGUGCGCAUGAUGGCCGACGAGCCCUGCGACCGCCCGAGCCUCAAGGAGCUGCUCGAGGCGGCCGAGGCCGGCUGCGCCGCCGUCGACGACGACGACCCGUCCCACGAGCAGUCGGACCUCGAGACCGAUGCCAACAUCAAAAAUUACUUUGAUCACUUCUUUGACACCAUCGACCCGCCGCCGCCGGACCCGGUCAUUGCCGACCCGGCCAGGCCGAUGCCGUCGCCGCCGCCCGUGCCGGUGCCGCAGUGGAACGUCCCGCCGGGGGCUGGGGGUGCACCUCCUGGGGCUGGCGGCGCGCCGUAG